AUGAAUCUUGCAUCUAUCUCAGUUACUUGCACAGUUGGUACAUCCACAACUAAACGUAUUAUGGACAUGCAAGAUGUGAUGAAGAAGAAGAGGAAACUCAGCAAGAAGUUUUCAAGAUCAAUUCCUGAUCCAGAACCAGAAUUCCUAGCCUCUCCUGGAGAAGACAUGGUAUAA